AUGGAGGAUUCCGGUCUUCAUCUUCCCGUCGAUGUUAUACCAUUUCACAACGAUGGCUUCCCAGAUAAGCCCCGGCUUAUUAAAAGUGUUGGCGACUCGUUAUUGAUAUUAAGCAGUAAAGAUGUGGUGAUAUACCACAACUAUACAUUGACGUACUAUAACAAAGAGUUUAAAGACAUAUUUAUUGGUGGCGACAUAGACAAAUAUGGGCGGUGUGUAAUUUGUACUUCGGACUUCAGAAUAAAGUUGAUGCGCCCGCGCGAUUUGGGAUACGACGAGAUCGAUGUAAACUUUUUUCUGCCAACGGAACUGAAACAACGGAAGUGUAGAAUUGGCGGAGUGUCUAUAUACCACGUCGAGUCGUUUGAGAUUAGAGUGUUAGUGUACACCACUGACAAAUCGAUUUUCAUGUUAUCUUUCUUCACGAAUCAGACACCGAUCAAUGCAAAAAGUGAAGUUGUUUAUGUCACAACAGAACUUAAAGGGUUUUGGUCUUCUUUUGGUACUGUUGAAACGGCCGACAGUGUUGUUGUAUUCUGUAGUGACAACGGGGAGUUAGGUCGAAUUAUUUUUGAUCGUCGAUGGAAUGGAAAUUAUGAAAAAAUAGAGAGGAUGGAGUUUAAGCAGAAGAGCGACGACUUUUUGUCUGUUCUUAAAGAUGAGGAGGGGUAUAAUGUUGUGUGGAAUACUGGGGAGUUGGAUAAUGUUGGCCUUACCACGAAAAAGUUGAAAUAUCGAAUGAGCGUGUCGUACGAUAACGUGCACAAAAUGACAAGGAGAAGUAAUGUGAUGAAACCGUUUGAAAAAGAAGUCACCUUGUCCUCAUAUAUAAUAAGUUUAAAACAGGAGGGUACUGAACUGAUUGAUGAAGAGAGUGGAAGGGUAAUGAAAUUGUGGACUGAAGGUAAGAGCAAGUGGAUGUGUGGUGAUGGGAAAACCGUCUGGGUCUUGACCGAGUCGAAUUUGUAUCGAAUUUUUGAGAAAUCGGAGAGUCGAAUAGAAGAAUUGAAAAACAUUGAAGGACUUGAGUGUUUAAGUUAUGUAAGGACAGAUGAAGAAGUCUUGAAACUGAUUGAAAAUGAAUAUGAAGUGACUCAAAGUUCGAAUUUGAAGAAGAGAGUUGUGUUAUACUGUAUGGAAAUAUUGAUCAGC